GGAGGUAUUCAAAGCGAAACAUCGCCAGACCGGCAAAAAAGUGGCGCUGAAGAAAGUGUUAAUGGAGAAUGAAAAAGAAGGGUUCCCCAUCACGGCCCUGCGGGAGAUCAAAAUCCUCCAGCUCCUCAAGCAUGAAAAUGUGGUGAACCUCAUUGAAAUCUGCAGGACCAAAGCCUCUCCGUACAACCGUUGCAAGGGAAGCAUCUACCUGGUGUUUGAUUUCUGCGAGCAUGACCUGGCCGGCCUCCUCAGCAACGCGCACGUCAAGUUCACGCUGGCAGAGAUCAAGAAGGUCAUGCAGAUGCUCCUGAACGGCCUCUACUACAUCCACCGGAACAAGGUGGGGGAUCUUCCCCUCGAGGCGCGCUCGCUUUGCGUGGAGACGGAAUGCUCGGGAAGAACGUCUGAACGGCCUGUCUGCCCUCUGCUUAGUUUGAAAGCCUUCAGAGAGUCAGCAGCUCUACUGUCGAAACAAGUUGCCUAACUUUUGCCUAAGAAGAUGCUUAAGGUGUUCUUCUGUUUAGGGGAACGAGACUAUGGGCCGGCUAUCGACCUCUGGGGCGCAGGCUGCAUUAUGGCCGAGAUGUGGACCCGCAGCCCCAUCAUGCAGGGCAACACCGAGCAGCACCAGUUAACGCUCAUCAGCCAGCUGUGCGGAUCCAUCUCUCCAGAGGUCUGGCCUAAUGCAGACAAAUAUGAACUCUACCAGAAGCUGGAGUUGCCCAAAUUGCAAAAGCGCAAAGUGAAGGAUCGCCUGAGAGCCUACGUCAAGGAUCAGUAUGCCUUGGAUCUGAUAGACAAGCUGCUGGUUUUGGAUCCUGCCCAAAGGAUAGACAGUGACGACGCCCUGAAUCACGACUUCUUCUGGUCUGACCCGAUGCCUUCCGACCUCAAGAAUAUGCUGUCCACCCAUAACCAAUCCAUGUUUGAGUACCUGGCUCCUCCCAGGAGAAGAGGCGGACACAUGCCACAGCAGCCGGCCAAUCAGGGCAGGAAUCCAGCUGCCACCAACCAGACAGAGUUUGACAGAGUAUUUUGACUGCUGAUCGGGACAGAGAAAGAAGAGACCCAGAUGUUCUGAAGUCCUCUGUGACCUUUAUAUCUUUUUUAAGUUUGUUUGUUGUUUUUUAAAAAAAAAUCACUGGUUGCAUUGGUUGCAUACAGAGCCUUGCCCAUCUGUGGGUGAAAAUAAGAAACUCUAGCUUUGCUGUACUUGUCAAUUUCCAGGGUAUGGAAACAAUUUUAUUUAACUCUUAUAGAGCAGAAUACCUUUUGUAGCCCGAAGGUGUAGCGUUGCUAAGCAAGCUCUUUGUAUCUUCUGGCCUGUCCCAUCGUCGCCUAGAGUAAGCUGGGAGGGCCCCGGCAUGCUCCGCUCUUUGGUGUUGUGGAAUAUGACCCUCCCAAGGAUGGGAGUCGCAGUAGAGGCUGUCCUAUUUUUGGCCAGAAAGCUCUGCCUAUCUGGGAGGAAAUUGGCAGGGUGUAUAGGUAGGGUGUCAUGACUUCUGAAUUCUCCAGCCUUUGCUAAGAGAGGGAGUUCUUCCUGAACUGGCAGUGCUGGAAUGGUGGCAGAGAAGAUACAGACACACACACACACACACACCAGGAUGUUUUGUUCUUUUGAGUUGCUGCAGGAAUUGCAUUUAAUCCUCUUGGGGUCCUAAUUUUUGACGUUGCAAAUAGGUUUUGGUGUUUUUUUUUAAUAGCUGAACAAAAACAGAAAGGGCUUUGUUUGGCUGACAGAAU